AUGGCCAUCGUUGCUCAUGAAACAUGGUUGUGCAUGGAGAAAGUCACGAAGCCCCCUAGUCCCUGGGCACGAGACCCAGAUGAAAGUCACAGUGGAGUGAAUCAGCUCGGUGGUGUAUUUGUCAACGGGCGGCCACUGCCGGAUUCCACCCGCCAGAAGAUCGUGGAACUAGCUCACAGCGGGGCCCGGCCGUGUGACAUUUCCCGAAUUCUGCAGGUGUCCAAUGGAUGUGUGAGUAAGAUUCUGGGCAGGUAUUACGAGACCGGCUCGAUCAGGCCCAGAGCCAUCGGAGGUAGCAAACCCAGAGUAGCGACUCCCGAAGUUGUCAGCAAAAUAGCGCAGUAUAAACGAGAGUGCCCGUCCAUCUUCGCUUGGGAAAUCCGAGACAGAUUACUGUCGGAGGGGGUCUGUACUAACGACAACAUACCCAGCGUAAGUUCAUCUGGAUACCAAAGCAAUAUCCUUGGCACUCAUUCUACCAGAACCACACGCGAGGCAGUGCAGGUGCCAAUUGUGGUGUUUGUUUGGAUGGGGGCAGGCAAGGAUGAUGCCUGA